GCAGGCUGUUGCAAUGCUGUAUCAGCCUGGCAGUUUCUGGGUUGUAUAGUUUGUAAUACAACCAGUGGAUCUUAUGGUUAUGGGUCAACUUCCUCAUCUCCUUUGUAAAGUGGAUCUCUUGGUCUGAUGUAAUAUAGGAGAUCCCAUGCCAGAAAAACAAACACUCCUUCUGAGAAAAAGCCAAACCCAACUUGGAAUGUGUGUCUAUUUUUUAUAAGAAUGAAUUACUGUUCCUUCCUGGAUGGAAAGGGCUCAGUGUAGUCAACUUGCUGCCAUGGGGCUGGUUAGUCUCCUUGAAAGAUAGUAAUAUUCUAAGGGCUUACAGUCGAUCACUGUCACUGGCAGGCUGGAUAUUCAGCUUCGGCAGUAGCUGGAUCAGCCUUUGUAAGUAGGGCCGCUGAGUAGCCUCUUUCUCUGUAUUGUGUCCACUUCAUAAAUGUGCCCAUUGUGCUAAUGCUGAACAGAGACUGAUGUCAGCUGGCAGUCAUUUUGUAUACUUAGUUGUUUAGUUCCUCUUCUGUGGUGGAUGUCUUCUGGGGGACAGUAACAUGUAACAUAAAGGUUUUCACACUUCAUACUCACUCUUGUGUAUCAAGCUGUAUGUCUCUAUCCCAGACUUUCUUGUUCUCAAUCUUCCAGACUUUCUCUCUCCAGGCCUCUGAUAUCCAGGUCCUUUGCCAUUUCCUGUGGAUUUAUAUAUAGUCUAACCUGAGGCUGGUUCUCCAUCUUUCAAGCCCCAGGUACAUUUCCUGAAGCUUUAUCUAUUGGGAAUAUUUUCUCUUGCCACUGAAUUUCAAGACUACCCUUUUGUGAGGCUGUAGUUGCAGCUCCUGACCAUUUUCACUUGGCACACACAUACUCAGCCAACCCUCCGUAAAUCAAGCGUAAGCUUUUUUCUUCUUCAUCAGAUGGUUGUAAGAGAUUCCCCAUAAGGCCAAAGGUGUGAGUUCAGGGAGAAAUGCUAGUACAACAGUGGUGGAUGAUAUAGGAGUUUAGGCUACCUUUUUAUAUGCAGCUUGCUCAUGACUUUUGGUCCUGUUCAUGCUUGAUUCUGGGUUUACCACUUCCAUUUUAUGAUGGAUGGGUUCAGGGUUCAUUUGACAUAAUGACUUGGUGGAUCUGUUAGAACCCAGCUCAUGAUGGGUAGUUUGAGAUGCAUGUGUCCUGUGGUUAGGUGUGCCAUCUCUAUCAGGGUCCAGUAGCAUACCUGGAAUUGUUUCUCUAAAGAUAUAUAAUUCUCUGCUGCAGAUGGUAAGGCCUUACUUCACAACCCAGGGAUCUGCAAGGUGAUUCUCCCACUGAGGCUUGCGUAACUCCACAUGGCAUUGUUUCCCAGUACUGACAACUUUAAUAUUAUAGGGUCUGCCAGGUUGUUGACCCAUGUAACAGGAUUGGUUGUAUGGCAGCCUGGACCUUCUGCAGAGCCCUUUCCUCCUUUUGUGUCAUCUGAUAUGUGUGCCAGAACAGGUGUGGAGUAUGAUGCCUCCAGGACCUGAAGUGGCCUUAGUGGGCCCUUCUUUGUGGUGGGAGAUGCAAGGUGCAAUAAUUUGUCCUUUAUUUUGGAUGGGCUGUCUCAGCAUGUCCCGGACCACUGGACUCUUAAAAUUUUUACUGAAUUAGUGUGCCCCUGAAUCUUUGUACAAUGUGUGUCUUGCCCUCUGGAGCACAUGGUCUUACCAAUGCCUCCAAUGUGCUGUUCACUUCUUGCUCAUUCAGCCCAAUUAGCAUUAUGUCAUUUAGUAUGAUAGAUCAGUGUGAUUUUGAUGUUCUACAGGAUGUCCAGAUGGUUCAAAUCGUGUUAUAAUAGAGAGCAGGUGAGUUCACAGCCCUGAAGCAAAACUGUAAAUGUUGACUGUUGUCACUUCCUUAUAAUUGUGAACUGUAUCUAAUCCUUUUCUUUUUUUUUUUUGAUAGGAAUAGAAAAGAGUGUAUUACCAAAUCAUUGGCCAUAUGCAGUACAUAGUACAUUGGCCAUAUGUACUAAGGCUGGGAUAAUACUACGUCAGGCACAAUGGAGAAGCUGGGGCUACUGUUUGGUUAAUUUUGAUGUCAUCCUCCAGGAUCCAUCUGGUUUCUGCAGAAUCCAGAGUGGAGCCUUUUGUGGCAGAUGAGUAUAUUGAACGUCUUGUAUGGAGAACCCCAGGAGGAGGCUCUAGAGGGGGAGCUGAAGCUUUUGAUCCCAAAAGAUUAUUGGAAGAGUUUAUAAAUCAUAUUCAAGAACUUCAAAUAAUGGAUGAAAGGAUUCAAAGGAAAGUAGAGAAACUAGAACAACAGUGUCAGAAAGAAGCCAAGGAAUUUGCCAAGAAGGUUCAGGAGCUCCAGAAAAGCAAUCAGGUUGCCUUCCAACAUUUUCAAGAACUAGAUGAGCACAUCAGCUAUGUAGCAACCAAGGUCUGUCACCUUGGAGAUCAGUUGGAGGGGGUAAACACACCCAGACAACGGGCAGUGGAGGCUCAGAAACUGAUGAAAUACUUUAAUGAAUUUCUAGAUGGAGAAUUGAAAUCUGAUGUUUUUACAAAUUCUGAAAAGAUAAAGGAGGCAGCAGACAUCAUUCAGAAGUUACACCUAAUUGCCCAGGAGUUACCUUUUGAUAGAUUUUCAGAAGUAAAAUCCAAAAUUGCAAGUAAGUACCAUGAUUUAGAAUGCCAGCUGAUUCAGGAGUUUACCAGUGCUCAAAGAAGAGGUGAAAUCUCCAGAAUGAGAGAAGUAGCAGCAGUUUUACUUCAUUUUAAGGGUUAUUCCCAUUGUGUUGAUGUUUAUAUAAAGCAGUGCCAGGAGGGUGCUUAUUUGAGAAAUGAUAUAUUUGAAGAUGCAGCAAUACUCUGUCAACGAGUGAACAAACAAGUUGGAGAUAUCUUUAGUAAUCCAGAAACAGUACUCGCUAAACUUAUUCAGAAUGUAUUUGAAAUCAAGCUACAGAAUUUUGUGAAAGACCAGUUAGAAGAAUGUAGAAAGUUUGAUGCAGAGCAAUAUCUCAAAAAUCUCUAUGAUCUAUAUACAAGAACCACCAAUCUUUCCAGCAAGUUGAUGGAGUUUAACUUAGGUACUGAUAAACAGACUUUCUUGUCUAAGCUUAUCAAAUCCAUUUUCAUUUCCUAUUUGGAGAACUAUAUUGAGGUGGAGACUGGUUAUUUGAAAAGCAGAAGUGCUAUGAUCCUGCAGCGCUAUUAUGAUUCAAAAAACCAUCAAAAGAGAUCCAUUGGCACAGGAGGUAUUCAAGAUUUGAAAGAAAGAAUUCGACAGCGUACCAACUUACCACUGGGGCCAAGUAUUGAUACUCACGGGGAAACUUUCCUAUCCCAAGAGGUUGUGGUUAAUCUUUUACAAGAAACCAAACAAGCCUUUGAAAGAUGCCAUAGGCUUUCUGAUCCUUCUGAUUUACCAAGGAAUGCCUUUAGAAUUUUUACCAUUCUUGUGGAAUUUUUAUGUAUUGAGCAUAUUGAUUAUGCUUUAGAAACAGGACUUGCUGGAAUUCCUUCUUCAGAUUCUAAGAAUGCAAAUCUCUAUUUUUUGGAUGUUGUGCAACAGGCCAAUACUAUUUUUCAUCUUUUUGACAAGCAAUUUAAUGAUCACCUUAUGCCACUAAUAAGCUCUUCUCCUAAGUUAUCGGAAUGCCUUCAGAAGAAAAAAGAAAUAAUCGAACAAAUGGAGAUGAAAUUGGAUACUGGCAUUGAUAGGACAUUAAAUUGUAUGAUUGGACAGAUGAAGCAUAUCUUGGCUGCAGAACAAAGGAAAACAGAUUUUAAGCCAGAAGAUGAAAACAAUGUUUUGAUUCAGUAUACUAAUGCUUGUGUUAAAGUUUGUGCUUAUGUAAGAAAACAAGUGGAAAAGAUUAAAAAUUCCAUGGAUGGGAAGAAUGUGGAUACAGUUUUGAUGGAACUUGGAGUACGUUUUCAUCGACUUAUUUAUGAACAUCUUCAACAAUAUUCCUACAGUUGUAUGGGUGGCAUGUUAGCAAUUUGUGAUGUAGCUGAAUACAGGAAGUGUGCCAAAGACUUCAAGAUUCCACUGGUAUUACAGCUUUUUGAUACUCUGCAUGCACUUUGCAAUCUUCUGGUAGUUGCCCCAGAUAAUUUAAAGCAAGUCUGUUCAGGAGAACAACUUGCUAAUCUGGACAAGAACAUACUUCACUCCUUCGUACAACUUCGUGCUGACUAUAGAUCUGCCCGCCUUGCUCGACAUUUCAGCUGAGAUUGAAUUUACAAGGGAAAUGUAUUGUACUUUGGCAGGCUUUGAUCGGUAGGAAGCACAGGAGAUUCUUUGUGACACAGCCAACAUUUUAUGGAAUAAUGACUCUUUGGAAGAAAACAGCAGCCAUACUUACCCUUGAAAUCUUAUUUGAAAUUUGGACACCACUAGCCGUAUUUCUUUUUUCCCCUCAAGUUAAAUUUUUAUUCCGUUCUUGAACUUACAAAUUUCAAAAUCUGUGAAAUUACAUGUCACUGUUUUCAUCCUGGAAAAUGUUGGUGUCAGAAGGCAAAUGAGACAUUACCAAUGUUUUGGUUCUUCUUCUCUAACAUACUCUAUUCGGAAAUGUCACCGUCCCAUUUUUGCAUUAAUGGUGAAAUACAGCAAAACUGUAUUUACUCUUCAUCAAUUUUUAAUUACCUUUUCAGCACUGGCAAUGGUUAAUUUAUUUUAGGGUUUCCUAAAGAAUUUUUUGCCUCUUUCAAGGGGUUAGCAAUUUUGCAUAAUUUCUGUAGUUGGCUGAGCUUUUUCUGGGGUGCGACAAUAAUAAUGUUCCAAGAAAAAUGUUAUAAACUAAACUAGAAUGAUUAAAUAUUUUAUGUAGAUAUUAGGAGUGGAUCAGAAUACAGCUGCUUUCUGGGUAAAACUACAAAAGUUUGCUAUUAUUUGGUAAACAGAUUUUAAGCCAACUCUAACAAGAAAUGAAACCACCUUGUUUUGUAUUUCACUUAAGAUGAAGAGGACAUUAAUUAAAGGGCCAUACUUAUUCAUUAUUUUAAUAUUACAGGGGAAGUUAAAAGGUGAGGUAUAGUCUAAAUGUGAUGAGAAAUAUUGACAGUGUUUAGCAACAAUGCAAUCCUUUAAGACUUCUAUCUUAAUGCUAAAUUUGAAUAAGAUGGGAUGGUUAAACAUGCAGGUAAUCUUCUAUUUUAAGAGGAAUUUAGAACUGUUAGAUAACAUUUUGUUUGGAGAUGAGCUUUGCAAAACUAGUUGCUUUUCAUAUCUGUAGUUUCUGUCAUUGUCUUUCUCAAAGCAUUUCUGAAAUGACUCCUGUUGGAUGUAGUUAAUUGAACUGGCUUAAUAUGGUGACAGAAUAAAUCAGUUAUAAAAUUUUAAACAUCAAGUGGAAAUUUAGAAAGGCUGUGAUUCUAUAAGCUCCAUAACCUUGCUCUGCAAGAGUGCAUUCUAAACUGUAUGUAGUGUUUCAGCUUCCAUUGUGUUCUUGUUCAUAGUCUUCUAGGAACACAUAAACUUUAAUGUUCAAUUCAUUCUUGACUUUUUUUUUCAAAUGUAGGCUUUUGAGCCUAAUUUUGGAAAACUGUUUUUCUUCUAAAAAUCUGUUUCUAACUGGUCAUCAGCUUUACCAAACUUCCAGGUCCGGAGCUAGCUACCGUUUAAGUUACUAUCGAAUGAAUUUUCUUCAUUUUCUGUUUAACCCAGUGUUAUCAGGGUAGGCAAGGGAAGUGAAGUAUGCCAACUUCUGUCAAAACGUGGAAAUCAUGGUGGCUUUAGAACUAGGCUGUCUAGUUUUCUAGUCCUUACCUAAGGGAGAGCCAGAACAGAUUUUAGAAGCUAGAGAAAGUCAUGCUUGUACUAUUGCCAUUUUAGAGAGCUCUGAUGUGAAUUCAAAUUAUACCUCUGUUACUUAAAGCCAACAAUUUUAAGGCAGUAGUUUUACUGGCCAUUUGAACUCUUUGUAACAAACAGUGUCGAUUUGUAAAAA